CAUCAAGUGCUUGCUAGCCAUGGAUGCCAACUAACUUCUUCAAUCGAAGGCCGGAGGAUCAUAUCUGGUUCCAGAAGCCGCUUGAGCAGGUCCUGGCAUUCGGCUGAGAUGCCCAGAUGGGUGGGGAAGGACACCCCCUUCUGCUGCUGCCACAGCAUUUUAGGGAUGUUUGUGUCAUCAAAAGGUAGGCUGGCACAGAGCAUGACAUACAGGACCACACCCAUGCUCCAGACAUCACCCUUCUUGCUGUCGUGGGGAAUACCCUGCAGCACCUCGGGGGCAGCGUAGGCUGUGCUGCCGCAGAAGGUCUGGCUCAGCUCCCGGCAUGACUUGGGCAACACCUUGGCAAAGCCAAAGUCAGUCAGCUUCAGGUUGAAACCCUGCAGCAAGGCGUUCUCACACUUGAGGUCCCGGUGAGCCACGCCACAGCCAUGACAGUAGCGGAUGGCCUCCACCAUCUGAUGGAAAAGGGCCUUGGCCAGGCUCUCAGGUAGUGGCCCUCCAUUCAACACACAGUCAAAGACAUCCCCUCCCUCAGCCAGCUCCAUCACCAGGUAGAUUUUCCCAUCAGCAGACUCCAACAUCUCAUAUACCUGGAUGAUGUUCUUGUGGUUCAGGGUAUGGACAAUCUGGAGCUCCCGAGGCAGGAAUCUCUGGAUAAAUUCUGAGGAAACAAGCGGGAAAACAUGGGGUAUCAAGUUCAGAAGGGCCUAACUCCUCUUUCCUGUCUCCUCUUUUCCAAAUUCUCUCUGCCUAUCUGCCCACUUUGUCCAGGUUUUGUGCCUUGACUCCUGUUAACAGUCUUAAAAACAUCUAGCUGCUUAGAUAUUGCAAAGAAUAUUCACUGCUGUUAUUUUUGUAGUUACUACAUUAUUCAAACAAACUCCUCCCUGCCAGCCUCAAGAACUGUUGUGAGUAGCCUAUGAGACCGUAUCAAAGUGCUUUGAGGACUUUUAGACAAAAUCAUUCAAUCUCAGGAGCCCUGAUUGCUCACAGAAUAGUGAGCCAACUCCUCUCACCCUUGCAUCCUGACCCAGUUAUUUCCGUGAGCCGUCUUCCUUUUUCCCAUCUCUUGCCACCUUCCUGGGCACCAGAUCCUGCCUCUGCUAGCCCUGGCCAUGACCUGUCAGUCUCUGUACCCCUCCUGGAAUUGGAAAGGCCUGGCAGGCUUGGGUCCUGCCCCUUUAAUUUUGGGUGUUGGAGGGUAUAAUGUUCCCUGACUCCCAGCAUCCUCUGUUCCGCACUGACCUACCCAAGAGCCACAAUCUCUCUUGCUUUCCUUGGUUCCAGACUAAAGGGGAGGAGGGCAUGACUGGAGAAAACACCCACCCCACCUCAGCCAGACCUCCCUUCCUCCAAAGGGGCCCCAGCUCACCUUCUGGCCCUCCCAUCUUGUCUAUAAUUUUAAUUGCCACUUUUCUUUGGUGUUUUUUGGAAAAUGCUUCUUUGACUUUUGAGUAGGUCCCUUCCCCAAUGGUCUUGCCCAGCUCGUACCCAUUGGAGAGGAGAAAGUCCUCCAUGCUGUCUAGCGUCUCCUUACUUCCUGUCACCCUCUCAGCUCAUGCUGUCUCUGUGAGGCAGCUCUACUCCACCAUCGCCCUCGGCCUGCGCUUUUUCCCCCCAAGGACUUCAUCCGCAGCCACCCCAGCGCUAGAACAUUCUCCUUAGGGACACAGCAGCCGCGAGUGGUGGGGAGGGAGAGGGCCGGACAUUUUUUAACUGGCCCAAUUGUGAUGUAAAUGCUGUGUGACCCUUGAGUAAACUGGGCAAUGCCCCUAUCUGCCCUCACCACCACCAAACCCAGCACCAAUUAGGUCGCUGCUGCGCCCCUGCCCGGCGCCAGCAGGGAGUCGCAGCCCCGCCUUUAGGGGGUGCUCCGCGGGGUCUGCGUGCCGCCCAGGAAGACUGGCUCCUUUUCGAAGACGCGCCCCAAGCGGCUGUUUGCCCUCGCCUGCUGCGCCCCCAUCACGCAUCUGGGGGUCGACGCGAACCGGUCUCAAGGCGCAAUGGCAGGAGUCCUCCGGCUCCCCACCGCGCUAAGUGCUGGGACGGUUGAGGUUCCCCGGCGGGAAGAACGGGCUCUGUGAGGUCAACGCGCCGCGGCCCGGGUCACAAUGCAACCCUCCCCUUCGAAGCCCGGGUCUGGACGCACUGCAGACACCUGCCCGAAGCUGCCUGGACUGGAGCGUCCUGCUGCUGCCAGGGCACCGGCAGCUGCUUUCAGCCUGGAACCGGCCUCGGCCUCCCGCAGAACGCCCCGGGGCCUGGACAUGAGUGCCCAGGAGACCCCGCAGGGUCGGAGAUUACCGCUUGAGGCCGGAGAUUCCCCUGGCCUUGCCGCCGCACCCGAGUCACAGGACAGUCCGGAGCAGGUACCUACGGAGCACAACCCAGUCAGGCCGCUUCGACGCUGCCCCGGCUGCCACUGCCUGACACUGCUGCACGUGCCCAUCGACGUCUACCUGGCCAUGGGCGGGAGCCCCCGGGCCCGGGCCACCUGAGUGCGCCUGCGCACGGAGGCUCCGCGGGAGCCGGGCGGUAACAAGGCCUCUCCGCGGGCCACCACGCUGAGGUCGCGCGCGGCGAGCACGAGACGAUGAUGCACAUUUUGAAAUAAAAGAAUGAUGCACAUUUUAAUAAAGCACAGUAUAAAUAUUCUUUCCA